UUGGUGGCAUUUUGGGUCGCAAAGCAUUGGUGGCUGGAGAGUUGUGUAUACGUGGCAGGGUUUGCCGUUUCAGAUGGUGACCACGCGUUCGAUCUGAGGUGUCGAGCUGCAGAAGGUCGGCUACUUUCACUCUCAGGCAUCCUGUCAGAAUCUGAAUAACUAACAAUGGCAGAGGCAAUGGCCAGUGAGAAUCAGAGCUCUCGUCCUAAUGUGGCGCUCAUCUCGGGUAUCACCGGUCAGGACGGCUCGUACCUGGCUGAGCUGCUGCUCUCCAAGGGGUACGAGGUGCACGGCAUCAUCCGCCGGUCCAGCUCCUUCAACACGUCCCGCAUCAGGCAUCUGUACGAGGACCCGCUGGCCUUCAAGCAGGGCAAGAGCUUCCAGCUGCACUACGGCGACCUCACCGACUCAACUUGUCUGGUGAAGCUCAUCCAUAAGAUCAAGCCGAGCGAGAUCUACAACUUGGGAGCGCAGAGCCACGUGAAGGUAUCGUUCGACCUCUCCGAGUACACGGCCGAUGUGGACGCCGUCGGUGUGGUCCGCCUGCUGGAUGCCGUGCGCACGUGCGGCAUGGACAAGUCGGUGCGUCUGUACCAGGCGUCCACGUCCGAGCUGUACGGAAAGGUGGUGGAGACGCCGCAGACGGAGGCGACGCCGUUCUACCCGCAGUCGCCCUACGGCUGCGCCAAGCUGUACGCCUUCUGGAUCUGCAAGGUGUACCGCGAGGCGUACAACAUGCACAUCUCGAACGGCAUCCUCUUCAACCACGAGUCGCCGCGGCGAGGUGAGACGUUCGUCACCCGUAAGAUCACCCGGUGUGUGGCCAAAAUUCACCUGGACCAGAUGGAGUCGUUUGAGCUCGGUAAUCUGGACGCCAAGCGAGACUGGGGACACGCCAAGGACUACGUCGAGGCCAUGUGGAAGAUGAUGCAGCUGGACGAGCCGCAGGACCUAGUCAUCUCCACUGGGGAGGUUCACAGCGUCCGAGAGUUUGUCGAGGCCUCCUUCGCCGAGAUCGACCGUAAGAUCGUCUGGGAGGGGUCUGCUGAGAGCGAGGUGGGCCGAGAGGCCGACACGGGCAUUGUGCGCGUGCGGGUCAACCCGAAAUUCUACCGGCCCGCCGAGGUCGAGUUCCUUCAGGGCGACUGCUCCAAGGCCAAGUCGCUCUUCGACUGGAAGCCCAAGUUUGACUUCAAGAGUCUGGUGAAGGACAUGGUGCAGUCGGAUAUCGAGCUGUUCCGCCACAACCCCAACGCCUAGUGACCGGCCUGUAACUGCUGGGGCGACCAUGACCGGGUCUUCAGCGGUCAGCGGCCGCCGGUAGUUCACACACAGUCUGCGCCUCUUUGGUCGGUGGGCAGACGAACAGGGCAGCUCAUCCGUCCCUGGGUCUUCACCAGUGCGCGGUGGUUUGUGUCUGAUCGCACAGCUACCGUGAAUUAGAAAAUGUUGGACGGCACGUUAGCGGCCCGCGUAUUUGGGGAGCAGCCCGCUCACCGGGGGACAAACGCCAGACCACGAGUGUUCGUGUGUUUUGUGUCACGUGUGCUCUGUGCGGUUGCCUUUUUGACUUAAUAUGUGUCCGAUUUUUUUAUGGACCACGUGAGCCACGCACAGGGUCGCCUUCGGCAGAAGUUAUUCGUUUGUACGUUUUUUCCUCGUAAUUAUGGUGAUGGGUUUAUUUGAUUGGGCUUGUGACGUCGUGCUCAUCUGACGCUGGUGUCGGUGUUCUUUUUCAGUGGGUUUCGUGCUGAUUUUAUGCAUGUAGCAGUUACGGCCAGUUAAGCGUUUU